AUGGCCCAAUCACUCCCUGCCAUGAAGACGAACCCCAAGUUCAUCUUCUUUACUGAUUUUGAUGGAACCAUCACCCUCUUUGACAGCAACGACUUCAUGACUGACAAUGUCGGAUUCGGCUACGAGAAGAGACGUGAGGGUAACAUGAACGUCCUGAACGGCACUGAGAGCUUCAGAGACUCUUUCAAGCGCAUGAUGGACAGCGUCAAGAUGCCUUACGACGAGUGCAUCAAGUACGUCUCAGAGAACGUCAAGCUUGACCCUGGUUUCAACGACUACUUGCAGUGGGCCAUCAAGAACAACAUCCCCACUGUUGUUCUCUCAUCUGGUAUGGAGCCUAUCAUCCGCGCCAUCCUCGAGAAGCUCGUCGGUGAGAACGCAAAGUACAUCGACGUCAUCUGCAACAACAUCCAGGCAAGACCCGGCAAGCAGGUCAACGAGGAGGGUGGUUGGGAGCUUGUCUACCACGAUGACUCUCACUUCGGUCACGACAAGAGCUUGACUAUUCGUCCUUACGCCCAGCUUCCUGCUGACCAACGUCCUACUCUGUUCUACGCUGGUGACGGUGUUUCGGACCUGAGUGCUGCCAAGGAGACCGACCUUCUGUUCGCAAAGUCUGGACAUGACCUCAUCCAGUUCUGUGUCAGAGACGACAUUCCCUUCACCGUCUUUGAGGACUGGAGCCAGAUCAAGGCAAAGGUCCAAGAAGUUGUUGAGGGCAAGGUUACCGUACACGACGCUGCAAAGCAGGGUGUUGAGGCAUACGAGAAGGGUCAGGCUGGCGUCAAGCCCACUGCUUAG